AUGCCAGUUUCACAAGCAUCGUCACGCACAUCUACCCCACACAAUGGGGAUAGAGCGAUGGACAUGGACGACGAGUCUACACCAGCAAGAGCUCCAAUGGAUUCUGCGAUGAGUAAGUACAACAUAGUCUUGGAUAAGACCAUCUAUGCAGGCAACUGCUAUGUAGUAGAUAUACUAGUAGACAAGUUGUAUGCGCAGACAGCAGACGAUCCCAUUGAUAUUAGAGCAUUUCACAAACUGCGCAAAGCAGUUAUGAGCGAGUUAACUCUAAUUAGAUCUCAUGAAGGGGACAAAGCUUCAGAACCAAAACUGAACAAACUACUUUAG